AUGAAUAAUGAUGAUCAGCCAGUUCUUCCUGAUGAAAGAGAGAGGAUUGAAGCAGCUGGUGGAAAAGUGAUUAAUUGGAAUGGAAGUCGCGUUCUAGGAAUUCUUGCUACUUCUAGAUCCAUAGGGGAUCAUUGCAUGAAGCCAUUUGUGAUAUCUCAACCAGAGAUCAACGUGCAUGGAAGAACAAAAUCAGAUGAGUUUGUUGUGGUGGCAAGUGACGGUCUUUGGGAUGUUGUAUCAAACAGUUUUGUUUGUGAAGUGGUAAAAAGCUGUCUCCAAGGUCAUAUGAGGAGGAAUCAUAGUGAUGCUGCUGCAAUUCUAGCUGAAUUGGCUAUGGCUAAGGGAAGCAAAGACAACAUCAGUGUUAUAGUCAUCCAACUCAACAACACUAACAUUUGAUAUCUGAUCCAAUUGUUUGCUUUUA